AACAAAAAUACGAAAAAAUUUACCAAAAAUAAGUCUUUUCUCCCAACAAGAUAUAAAGAAGUUGUGAACAAUAACGCAGUUGUGAGAGCACCGGCUUCCCACUUUAAUAAAUUAUGACCAAAGCAAGUUGUAGAGGAAUCAACGAAAUGGUGCAAAAGCAAAUGGAAAUAAAUACAUCUCACAAUAAGCUAGAUUCAUGCCAUGUUCGUCGGAGCUUUGCGGCGGCGCGGGCCGAAAGAGCCAACCUUCAAUCUUGUGGUAGCUACGGAUUCAGUCGAAAGCCUACUGUUGACGAGUUUGUUGCAGUUGGGAGUUUGUGCCUUAAUGAUUUUCUUCAAUCGCACCAUGGAAUACCUGCAAGAGCUUUACACAAAAGUCUCCGGAUAUGUUUACGGCGAUAAUAGCUGUGCAAAUACACCACGCAAAGUUGUUGCUUUUGGUAACGUGCUGCUAGAUCACACCGCGCAGCUUCAGAAUGACGAAACAGAUUUAUUGGAACGCUUUCAAAUACCGGCAGAAUCGAAAGGCGAGUUAGAUGCAGAAACUUUAUCCAAGUUAGCAGCUGAGGCUGCCGAGCGUGUACAAUGUGAAGUGAAUCCCGGCGGUUCCGCUUUGAACACAGUGCGUAUACUCAAACAACUCGGCACAGAUGCGCUUUUCAUUGGUGCUGUUGGUGAAGAUAAAGCGGCAGAGAAGUUGAAAGAGAUUUUACAGGAACGUGAAGUUGAAGUAAGACUCGCCACGGUCAGUGACGUGCCCACCGGCCAGUGUGUUUGCAUUGUCAAUAAAGACACCAAGGCAAAAGCGUUAUACGCCAAUAUUGGUGCGUCUGCUAAGCUAUCCGUCGAUCAUCUUAAAAAGGCUGAACGUGAUGAGACACAGGUCUUCCUCCGUCCAAUCGAACGAAAACAGAUACUCUACGUGGAAGGUUUCUUCGUACCGCAACGCCAAGAAGUCUGUGACUUCAUUGUUAAGAAUUAUAUCCGAGAGCGGCGCCGUUUAGCAAUUAAUUUAAACGCUGAGUAUAUUAUAAAAGAAAACUUUAAACACUUGCGCGAGCUCGCGCAUGCAGCAUAUUUCAUAUUUGGUAAUCAUAAGGAACAUAUGGCUUUUGCCAAGCAACUGGGCUUUGAAUCGAUCGAUGAUGCAGCCAAACAUUUGAUGGAGGAAUGCAGCGAACCUAAAGUUAUUGUUGUGACCAAUGGUCGUGAGUGUGUGCAGUUGAUUACAAAUUACGAAGAUGAAUACUCACCUCCAGGUGCUGUGAUGUUUCAAUCUUUUCACGUGCCACGUGUAGAUCAGGUUGUCGAUUCAACGGGUGCUGGUGAUGCAUUUGUGGCGGCUUUCUUACACGCAUGGCUACAGAAGCGUCCGUUGAGCGAAUGUGUGCGCGUGGCAAGUGAAGUAGCGGCCAAAGUUGUGACUGUAGUGGGUUGUAAUCUACCAUAAAAAUAUGAUUGACUGGCGAUAGUAUCGAGAGCGUGUAUAUAACAGAACAGCUAUGAAACUUAAGGUACACUCAAUUGUACCGAAUUAUCUACAAUCUACUCGACGUUAGGCUAAGCAAACUCGUGCUUAGCUCAUAUACACAUUAUACAAUAUGAUUAAGGUUGUAGCCGUUGUCCCGUGCACUUAAAAUUCUCGUCUGCCCUCAUUAACACUUCAUUGUUCAUAGUAUAGUACAUGAUAAGGCUUUGUAAAUUGGUCUCAAUUCACGGCAUAAUUCAUAUUGUUGUAAAUACUUUCGCAUUGACUCAUCUUUUUCAUGUUUCAUCCGGCACACAAAGCAAUAUAAAAUGGGAAUUCUGAUAAAUAAACAAUAACGAAGUAUGCACCAUUAAAAGUACUUAAGCUCUAUGUAUUCAAGUGUUCCUUUUAAGCACACCACACUCAUAUUGACAUCCAUCUAAGCGAUACACGAACUCAUAAAUGUAUUUGGACUGACAUACCUUGCAUGUGUGAUGACUUUCUAGCCGUGAGUGGGUAGCAAUUAAACGAUGCAAAAUUCGCGCGCUACUGUCACUUCAAUCUCCAUAAAUUAUUAUAUAUUUGCCCUUUCUGCUUAUAAAAUAGGUUAUUUAUAGAAUCUCUUAAAAAUGACUAAUAGUUUAGAAAUAGCGCAGCCACCUUAAAAAUUUAGAUGGAAGUACUCAUGUUUUUAAUAUAUGCUUCCACACUAAAGGCAUACAAAUAAAAGGUGCACUGCAAAGCUAAUUAGGCUGGUUGCGUUUAAACAUUCGUAGCAGUAUCAUAAGUCACACUUUUCAUACUGCGCUUUAUUUGAAAGUAUUUUGCUCCCACUUUUUUUUAUCUAGUUUGCCUUGUGUUAAACUAAUUAGCGAUACAUAUUUGCACAAAAUAUAUGUAUGUAUAAAGUUGAGUAAAUAUAAUUUUAUUUUCAUGACCUUA